AUGCAUUUCUCAACCGCCGCACUCCUCGCCUUGUCCUCGGUCAGCAUGACCUAUGCGGCACCUUUCGCCAACCCCGAGAAUGAAGACAUCGCUCGCCGCGCAGCAGCUUACUCAGUGGUCAAUGUCGACGGAGACUCUUCCAGCUCUGCUGCACCCGAGAUCGACACCGUCUUCCAGACUUCCACAGUCACUGCCCCCGGCGCUGACCACGUUCCCGUCACUGUCACUGUGACCGCCAGCCCCUCAAGCGUGCCUUACUCAACCCCCGCGGCUAGCUCAACUCCUUGCCUGGAGACUCCUACUGCCCGCAAUGACAUCCCACUUCCGUCAAUUGCCCUCCCCACUGCCGGUUCUUUCUUCCGUCGUGGUCUGAGAGCCGCUGGUCAGCCCGCGCUCUUCGCUCGCGAGUGGUCCAGCACUGCUUCCGCUUCGGUUCAGGCGCGUGAAUAUGCCACCUCGUCUGCCUCCCUCAAUGCUCGUGGCUACCCCUCUGCUUUCGGUGCCGGCUCUUCCAGCGCAUCCGCCUCGGCCACUCCUCUUGCUGCUCGUGACUGGGUGUCUCCAUCUUCAAGCUCCAGCCUGAGUGUCUCUGUUACCGGUACUCCUCUCGCUGUCCGCGGUUGGUACCCUGCCACUCCUAGCAGCUCCGCUUCCGCUUCCGCGACCUCCUCGCUCGUGGCCCGCCAGUUUGGUGGUUGGUCUUCUUCUGCUUCCGUUUCUCCCUCUGCCACUUCUCUGGUCGCCCGCAACUGGUACACAGCUGCCCCCAGCUCGUCCGUUGCUACCUCCUCUGCUGCUGGAGCCUCUCUGGUCGCCCGUGACUGGUACUCUUCCGCAUCUGCUUCUCCCUCUGCUUCCCUCACUGUCGCUGCCCGUGACUGGCACUCUGCUUCUCCCGCGCCCGCCAGCUCCAGCGCAUCCGUUUCGCUUCCUCCUCUGGCUGUCCGCGGUGAGUUUGGCUGGUACUCUUCUGUCCCCAGCUCUUCCGUUGCCACCCCCACUGCCUCGCCUAGCCUCAUCGCCCGCGGCAACCCCAGCUGGGCUUCCAGUGUCUCUACCCCUGGCUCAAGCACCCCCGUUGCCUCUGCUACCCCCGCCAUCUACUAA